UUCAACUCAACUCACACACAAAUUAAUAGUAACACAAUGGAGGUAUUCUAUGUUUCUCUUCUUUCUCUUUUCGUGGUCUUAGUCUCGCUCUCCCUUCACCUCGUCUUUUUCAAGAACAAAUCAGGGGGCGGCGGCCGAGCCGCCCCUCUCCCCCCAGGAAAGACCGGCUGGCCGGUUCUCGGGGAGAGCCUGGAGUUCCUCUCCACGGGAUGGAAAGGCCAUCCGGAGAAGUUCAUCUUCGACCGGAUAGCCAAGUACUCAUCGACCGUCUUCCGAACCCACCUCCUGGGCGAGAAGGCGGCCGUCUUCUGCGGCGCGGGCGGCAACAAGUUCCUAUUCUCGAACGAGAACAAGCUCGUCCAGGCAUGGUGGCCGAGCUCCGUCGACAAGGUGUUCCCUUCAUCCAACCAAACCUCAUCCAAAGAGGAAGCCAUCAAAAUGCGUAAAAUGCUACCGAAUUUCUUCAAGCCGGAAGCCCUACAACGCUACGUCGGUAUAAUGGACCACAUCGCCCGCCGACACUUUGCCGACGGGUGGGAGAACAAAUCGGAAGUCGUCGUCUUCCCACUAGCCAAAAACUACACCUUCUGGCUCGCAUGCCGCCUCUUCGUGAGCGUCGAGGAUCCGCACCUCGUCGACGAAUUCGCGGAGCCGUUCAACCUACUGGCGUCCGGUUUGAUCUCGAUCCCCGUAGAUCUGCCCGGAACGCCGUUCAAUAAGGCGAUAAAGGCGUCGAACUUUAUCCGGAAGAAGCUGAUUACGAUUAUUAAGCAGAGGAAAGUUGACUUGGCGGAGGGGAAAGCUUCGCCGACGCAGGAUAUAUUGUCGCACAUGCUGCUCACGUGCGAUGAGAGCGGGAAAUUCAUGCAUGAACUCGAUAUUGCAGAUAAGAUUCUGGGUUUGCUUAUCGGCGGCCACGAUACUGCUAGCUCUGCUUGCGCUUUCAUCGUCAAGUAUCUCGCUGAGUUGCCGGAGAUAUACGACGGCGUAUAUAAAGAGCAAAUGGAAAUUGCGAAAUCGAAGAAAGAAGGCGAGCUUUUGAACUGGGACGACAUUCAGAAGAUGAAAUAUUCAUGGAACGUUGCUUGCGAAGUGCUGAGGCUCGCACCGCCUCUCCAGGGCGCUUUCAGGGAAGCCCUCUCCGAUUUCAUGUACAACGGCUUCUCCAUCCCCAAGGGCUGGAAGAUAUACUGGAGCGCAAAUUCGACGCAUAUAAAUCCUGAAUGUUUCCCAGACCCUAAGAAGUUCGACCCGUCUAGAUUUGACGGGUCGGGCCCCGCUCCGUACACAUUUGUACCGUUCGGUGGAGGACCGAGAAUGUGCCCCGGAAAAGAGUACGCUAGAUUGGAGAUAUUGGUGUUCAUGCACCAUCUCGUGAAGAGGUUCAAGUUUGAAAAGAUGAUUCCCGACGAGAAAAUCGUUGUUAAUCCGAUGCCAAUUCCUGCCAAGGGUCUACCUGUUCGCUUAUUCCCUCACAAAGCUUAAAUCUUUUUCUUCUUCUUUUUCGAUUUUUUUUUUAAUUUGUUGUUAUUAAUAAAUAAUUGUUUUUUGUUAAAAGUCUUGUAAUUUGUAUACGUUGAAGCAGCCAGCAGAAGAAAACUACUUUUUUGAUUUUUUUUU